UGAAUAGGUACUUACCCGUACAAAAAGUCUCUAUGUUGUGAUUCACCAUCAAGGAUAUAUAUAUAUAUGUACAUAUUAUAUAGAAGGUGAAACUCAUAUUUAUCAACAAAUGGGUACCGUUAAAUUUUUGGUUUUCUUCUUUGUCUUCCUCCGAUUUUUUCCGAAUUUGAUAGAAAGUGCUGGUGCAGAAAAAUGUCCAAUACAUCAGUGGUGUGCGAAAGAAGAGCCAACAAUUCAAUUUCCGUUUACAUUAAAAGGUCGUGGCAGAGAGGAAUGUGGUUCCCCCGGUUACCAACUUAUUUGCAAUGAAAUGAAUAAAACAGUACUGGAGUUUCCAUUUUCCGGUAAAUUUUUCGUACGGCGUGUUUAUAGCUCUUUGCAGAAGAUAGAGAUAUAUGAUCCUGAGAACUGCCUUCCAAAACGUAUUCUGAAGUUGAAUCUUUCCGGUACACCUUACCAACUAGGUUCUUCAUAUCGAAAAUAUUCGUUCCUUAAUUGCUCUUCAUCUGGCGAUAGUCUUCGUAAUAUAACAAAUUUGAUAGAAAUCCGUUGCCUAAGUAGCUCCACGCACACCGUUUUCGCUACAAACGUGUCAAUUGCUAAUAUUGCACCGCUCAAUACAACGUGUGUCCAUAUAGCUGAUGUUCAGGUUCCAAUUUUGCCGAUUCAGGAUGAUGAUUCGUUUAACUUGAAUGAGAAAUUUCUUCUGUCAUGGCCAUGGCAUCAAACACCAUCUGAUCUCACAAAGCCACCAAAGAAAGACGUGCAUUCAGGAGAGCUGCUGCGUCGUAUUCAACCCCUGAUGCAGUUCUCCCCCAACUCGCAGUUCCCCACCAACCUCCAAUCGUCAGAACGGGCUUCAGUGAUUCUACGAUACAAUCCUAUCCAACUGUAGUUCUUGAGGAGAAUGGACGACUUCCAAAUCCAAAUGAUACUAGUUGUACGAUAUGUAUAACAGACUUUCAAGCUAAGGACACAUUGAAGAGUAUGCCACCGUGCAAUCACUGUUUUCAUGCUAAUUGCUUAGAGCAAUGGCUUCGAGUGAAUGCAACAUGUCCUGUUUGCCGAAAGUCUCCAACUAACUAAUUGCUGAUGUAUAAACAUCAAUCUUAAUUGUAAUUUAAAUUUGAAUUUGAAUAGAACGAUUUGUACAUAGGAUUUCGGCUAACUCUGGUUUUACAGCAACAUUAUUGAUAACUUUUUUAUCUUCACCAUUUUGAAGAGGUUAUGGAAUAUGGAUCUCCACCCUUCUAGAGAGAUUAAGGAUAAAUUAAAAAGAAGAAAAAAAUAUGACAUGUGUAACUUAAAGUUCGGCCCUUAGAAUUUUGGAAUUUCAGAAUUGAUCUUACUAGUAAUUUGAACAUCUUCUCUGCACUUUGUAUAAGAUUUCAGGCAUUGUUUUCCCGGU